GCAGCAGCAGCAUGGCAGAUGUAUCGCAUGAACUGGGCGCCCUGCGCUUCGUAGUGGACUCGCCGCUCUCCUCCAAAGUGGCCAUGUUCAACAAUCAGGCGACGCAACACAAGCAGUCGCAGUUACUGAAUCCCUUCUCGCAGGAUGGACGCGCCUCGUCGCCGAAGCCAACCUUCUCUAAGGACCAGUAUGGCAAACCGCUGGCCGGCAGUCUGACAGAGGCACGCGGCCAGAAGGCCAACAUGCACGUGAUGAAGGAAAUGCUGGAGCUAUGCCAGAUCAUCAACACGGAGGGCUACGACGUCAAGGAUGAGCAAGGCAUGCGAGUGAUUCCCUUCGGCGAGUUGUUCAAUAUCUACAACUACAUCUCGGACAAGGUGGUGGGCAUAUUGUUGCGUGCCCGCAAGCACAAGUUGGUGGAGUUCGAGGGCGAGAUGUUGUACCAGCGCCGCGACGACAACGUGCCCAUAUUCCUGCUGAAGCCCAUCAGGGAGAUUCGCAGCGAGAUGGAGGCCAAGAUCGAGGAGAUCAAGCGCGCGGCGAGUCCGGCCCCUCCUCAGUCCACAUCGGUGCUGCUGGAUCGCAGCGCCCACGAGCAGCAUCUGAAGGCGCGAACACCGUCGCCGGCGGUCAAGUCGAAAGCAAAAGCGAAAUCACCGUCGCCGUCGGUUAGCCCAGCGGCCGCUGGAGAGAGCAAGCCACCACAGGCUGCUGCUCCGGCUCCUGCUCCAGCUGCCUCAGCUACAGCCGAGGUCAAGCCAGGCGCUGCUCCAGCUCAAGUUUCAGCAUCAAUCGCGGAGCCUGCGCCGACUGUGACAGUCACAGAAGCUCCAUCAAAUCCUGAGCCGCUGCCGGAGGCUGCCAAGCCAGAGGAGAGCCCCGUUCAGGCAGCGCCCGCCACAGUGGAAGUCGUGAGCCAGCCGCAACCAGAGGAUAAGCCUGUUCCUGUUGCAGCAGAGCUCAUACCAGUUUCCACCGAGGCCGAAAAAACAGAAGCCGCCUUGCCCACAAUUGUGAUUGAGGCGUCCGCAGUGUUUGUGCGCACUGUCAGCACGGAUCAGCCGGCAGCAGACCCCAGUCCCGCCGACACAUCAUCUGCGGCAGCCAAGGACGAAUCCACACCCACACUAACCCCCGUGAGCGCUGCGGGAGAUAGCGCCUAGGCAGCCGACCCACCCCUCCCCCCUAUGGAAUUUUGUUUUGAAAAGGAACUCGCAACUACUAAAGCCGCAGCUUUAAAGUGCAGUAGUUUAGUUUAAAGUUUAGUUAACCUAGAGUUUAACUUACGAUUAGUGCUGAGAUUAGCUGAGAAAACAAACACUGAAGACAGACUAGACCCAGACCCGAAACCGACUAUUUAUAAAGAAGUUUGUUUAGCGGACGACCAAAGAGAAGGCGGUAAAUUAUACAAAUAAAUACAUACUCGUACAUAUACAUAAAAAUACAUACAUAUAUUUAAAUACACUUAGCAUAAAAGUAUUAUACC